AUGGCAACAACAAAUCCUCGUCAAUUCACUUAUUUUUUACGUGUCAAAGAAAGUUUUAGUGCAGUGAAUGAUCCUGACACAAAGUUAUUGUGUAAUGACUUACUCAAUUUUAUUGACAAAUGUGCUGAAAAAUCACAAACACGGGUUUUGGAUUUUACUUCAAAAAAAUGUGAAGAGCAAAUAGGUCAAUUUUUGUUAAUGGAUCGUGAAUUUGUUGGAAGAAUGAUUGAUAAUUUUUCCAAAUUUUCGGCUAAAGGGAUUUUUGAUUUAUUGUCAAAAGAUAAUGGAAUGGUUAAAGAUGUGGCUAUGGAAUCAAAAUCGAGAGCAUUAAUUAAAGCAAUCGAAAAACAAUAUUACCAAAUUAUUUGUUUGUCUGCUCUUUAUUGUCCACUUGAAUUACUCCAAACAAUUAUUACAAAAUUGUGUGCAUUUAUUUAUAAAUAUAGAUCUGAUUCUUUAUUUGGAUUGCCAGAAUUAACUGUUUGGACUGCUUUAUUGUUAUUAAUAAAUCCUGUUAAACUUAAACAACAUUGUGAUGGAUCUGUUGAAGUAUUUUCACAUUUUGCCAAAACAUUAGCGUCUAAUUCAACCUCACAAUCUCCUCCCCGUCCAGGCAAUAUUACGCCUAAAACAUGUUCAAAUAAUUGUUUAAAAGGCACAAUACAAUUAGCGCUUGGAGUUGCUAUAAAAUAUGCGAGAAAUUCUUUGGGUAUAUUUUCGGAAUAA